GCCUUGCGCAUUGCAAAACCAAGGAAGGGCAGCGGCGACCGUAACCCCCGGCCGGCAUUCCUGCCAUCGCAAGCACCGUGUCCGCACGCUCCGCACCGCAAUACAAUGGCCGACUCGACAAAAGGUCUCAAGCGAUCAAGCGCCGAGAGCGACGGCAGUCAAGAUUCCAAACGGCUCAAAACAAACGGUGACGGCAGUGCGAAGAUGGAUGCGAAGCAGAAUCCGUACCUGGCGCACCUCAACGAGGACGCCCAAGAUGGCUUCGGCUUCAAGUCGCCUCUCGACCAGUUCGAGCGCCACAAGACCACGGCGCUGCAGGCUGCGAAGGCUGAGGACUCGGACCAGAACCCGUGGACGGGCAACCCACACUCGCAGCAGUACUUCAAUAUCCUCAAGACGCGCCGAGACCUGCCCGUACACAAGCAGCGGCAGGAGUUUCUCGAUAUGUACCAUAGCAGCCAGAUUCUCGUUUUCGUUGGUGAGACCGGUUCCGGCAAAACGACCCAGAUCCCGCAGUAUGUCCUUUACGACGAACUGCCGCACUUAACCGGGAAGCUCAUCGCCUGCACACAGCCUCGCAGAGUGGCGGCUAUGUCCGUUGCUCAACGUGUCGCCAAUGAGCUUGACGUGACGUUGGGCGAAGAAGUCGGCUACAGCAUUCGUUUCGAGAACAAGACGAGCUCCAGGACGUUGCUGAAGUAUAUGACGGACGGUCAGCUGCUGCGCGAGGCGAUGCACGACCACGACAUGUCCCGUUACGGCUGCAUCAUUCUUGAUGAGGCCCACGAACGCACCCUUGCCACCGAUAUCCUAAUGGCGUUACUCAAGCAAAUCGCCGAGCGGAGGAAAGACCUGAAGAUCAUUGUCAUGUCGGCCACGCUCGACGCCCAGAAGUUCCAGACCUACUUCUUCAACGCCCCGUUGCUUGCCGUACCCGGCCGGACGCACCCCGUCGAAAUCUUCUACACCCCUGAACCAGAGCGGGACUACCUCGAGGCUGCCGUCAGAACGGUGCUGCAGAUCCACGCGAGCGAACCCGAGGGCGACAUUUUGCUCUUCCUGACGGGCGAGGAGGAAAUCGAGGAUGCUUGCCGGCGCAUCAGUCUGGAGGUUGACGAUAUGAUUCGGGAAUCAGAUGCGGGUCCUAUGUCGGUCUACCCGCUCUAUGGCACCUUACCGCCACACCAACAGCAGCGCAUCUUCGACAAGGCGCCGGAACCGCUCCGCAAGGGUGGCCGGCCCGGUCGGAAAUGCAUCGUCGCUACAAACAUCGCCGAGACCAGUUUGACAAUCGAUGGCAUCGUCUACGUCGUGGACCCUGGUUUCAGCAAGCAAAAGAUCUACAAUCCCCGUACCCGGGUAGAAUCGCUCCUCGUGUCUCCCAUCUCCAAGGCGUCCGCUCAACAGCGUGCUGGUCGUGCUGGUCGUACACGGCCCGGGAAAUGCUUCCGGUUAUACACCGAGAAGGCUUUCAAGAAGGAGCUUAUUGAGCAGACAUACCCCGAGAUUCUGAGGUCCAACUUGGCCAACACGGUCUUGGAACUGAAGAAGCUCGGCGUCCAAGAUCUGGUCCACUUUGACCUCAUGGACCCUCCAGCGCCCGAGACCAUGAUGCGGGCCCUAGAGGAACUCAACUACCUGGCGUGUCUAGACGACGAUGGCGAGCUGACCCAGCUCGGCAAUCUGGCAUCCGAGUUCCCCCUCGACCCAGCCUUGGCCGUCAUGCUCAUCACUUCCCCGGAGUUCUACUGUUCCAACGAGAUCCUCUCCAUCACCUCGCUCCUCUCGGUGCCGCAGAUCUGGGUGCGCCCCAACAAUGCACGCAAGCGUGCAGAUGAGAUGAAGGCGCAGUUCGCCCACCCAGACGGCGACCACCUGACACUGCUCAACGCCUAUCAUGCAUACAAGGGCGCCGAGCAGGCCGGCGACGACGUCAAGAGGUGGUGCCACGAGCACUUUUUGUCAUACCGGCACCUGUCGAGCGCCGACAACGUGCGGGCGCAGCUCAAGCGCAUCAUGGAGACGCACGACAUCCAGCUGGUCAGCACGCCGUUCCAGAACAAGGAGUACUACACCAACAUCCGGCGCGCGCUGCUCGCGGGCUUCUUCAUGCAGGUUGCCAUGCGCGAGAGCAGCAACUCGAAGGUGUACAAGACGGUCAAGGACGACCAACUUGUGCUGAUCCAUCCCAGCACCGUUGUCACGAGCCCCUACGACUGGGUCGUGUACAAUGAGUUUGUGCUCACGACCAAGCAGUACGUCAGGACGGUCACGAAUAUUAGGCCAGAGUGGCUUCUGGAGAUUGCCCCGAACUAUUACGACCUAGAGACGUUCGAGAAGGGCGAGAUCAAGUCGGCUCUCACGCGCGUCGCCGAGAAGAUCCGUCGUCGCCAGGCGAUGAAGGGCGGCCGCUAAGGUCCUAUUGGGGGAAAAGAUGGUGCAAUAUCAUAUUUAUCCAAGUGCAAGUCCUGUUUAUCACAACCUAGACUUUUCUAGACCUCUGCGUGUCUAAAUUGGGGAGCAAGGGGGGUGUGGAUUCACAUCUUGACGGAAGUGAUGCGACGUGACUCUGCGUCAGGCGAACUCUGUUAUCUGAAGAACAUGGUUAGUUGUCGUUGAGACAUUCCCACAUUGUGUUGCUCCGUCCCGCCGUCCG